UCUCGUGAUUUAAUAUUAAAGUAUUUUGUUGCAAUACAAAAUUGUAUUAUAACAAUAUUUUUCUAGUUAAUUAUAGAUAUUUUUCAAGUUGAAUAAGUACCUAUCGUAUUAGAGUUACUAAGCGCUUCAAAAUUUUGUUUAUAAAAUAAAUAUGUUUCAAUACGUUUGUGUUCCAAUGACACAAAGUUUAAUGAAAAUUAUUUUAUUAGUGCUUCUAUAAUAGUGCUAUUAGGUACAAAAUAUUUAAUAAUGUAUAAAUAUAUAACAUUAUUGUCGUGUUUGUGUGUUGUUGCAGCACAACAUGAGAAGUCUGAAGGCGCCGAGUGCUCAGAUUCUAUCGGCAAUUCAGGGAGAUGUGUCAGGAUCAGACACUGCAAAGAAAUUGAAUUCAUCAAGAAAGAGCGCUACUCUAACAUCUGCGGUUCCAGCGCAAAAGACCCGAUAAUAUGCUGUAAUACGAAAGACUUAAGAAAUACUGAUACCUGCGAGCCGGCCAGUCCUCGUCGGCCAGACAUGAAAAUAGGAAAAAUUGCUUACCAUAAGUGCGUGGACUACCAAGAACAGAUAAAGUUUCCGUGUGUAGGAUACACAUACUACGCACAAUUUAACGGUUCAACCCAGACUCGUUAUACCCGCCGCGAUGGCUGUUCCGACCCUCCUUCUCUUGUAAUCGGCUCGAGCGGAGUCGAUGCUAGCAGAGGACAAUUCCCCCACAUGGCACUGCUCGGCUACGUCAAGGAUGGGAGCGAGGUGGAGUGGCUGUGUGGAGGGACCAUCAUUAGCGAGCAGUUCAUCUUGACUGCUGGCCACUGCACCUCGCACAAGCAGCUAGGUCCAGUAUCGCUGGCAAGACUGGGCAUACUGAAGAGGUCAGACCCUGACAAGGUGGCGCGGGAUUACAAGAUCAAGAGGUUCCUUCUGCACCCGGAGUACAAGCCACCUGCAAAGUACAAUGACAUCGCUUUGCUAGAGACUGAGAAGAGGAUAGUGUUCCUGAACAAGCACAUAGUCCCGGCGUGCCUGGACGCGGGCGAUGCUGACGUCGAGAGCGACGCGGAGAUGGCGUCCGCUACCGGCUGGGGAGCGCUGGGCGAUGGCGAGCCGAAUGCUGACGUACUGCAAAGAAUGGAUAUCGUCAAGUUUUCGACGGAAGAAUGCUCGGCAUUGUACAAACCGUAUCGUCUCCUGAAGACCGGGUUAGACAACUUCACGCAAGUCUGCUACGGCCACCGACAGAUACCUCGGGACACGUGUAAGGGGGACAGCGGGGGCCCCCUCCAAGUGGAGUAUAGAGGAGUAAACUGCAUGCACAAGGUGAUCGGAGUGACUUCUUUCGGCAGAGCGUGCGGGAAUACCGGCCAGCCUGGCGUGUACACGCGAGUCAGGCCCUAUGUCCCCUGGAUAGAGAGUGUAGUGUGGCCCGCCCAGGGGACUGAUAAAUGUGUUUGCUUCUAAAUAACCUGUAGGAACCUAUAAGUGGUUUACCUGUUGAAUAAUUUGUUAUUAUACACUGCAAAACCCUGGUGUUCCUAAAUAAAUAAAUGAUUUCUACGACACUAGCUUCAGUGAUCUUACGUCCUUUGGAUAGUGUUGUGUGCCCGCUCAGGGGACUGAUGUGUUUUCUACUAAAUAUAUCAUUUCUACGUUACUAAGUUCGGCGAUCUUACGUCCCCUGGAUAGUGUUGUGUGGCCUGCCAGGGGACUGGCAAAAAUGUGUUUCCUACUAAAUAACAUUUCUAUAUCACUUAAAGCUGACCUUAUAUCCACUGGAUUGGGUGUUGUGUGGCCCGCCCAGGGGACUUGAAAUAUGUUUUCUAUUAAAUAAAUAUAUUUUAAAUGAUAUUACGCUUGCUCUUAGCUCACCAAAUACGCUUGACAGGUGUAAGAUAUAUUAGUAACAUAACCUAGGAUUAAUUUUAAAUUAAAAUAGAUAAUGUACAAAAUUCAA